AAAAACUGGAAUCAUUUCCUCUUGGGUGGACUUUAACCUUGCUUACCUUAACCUGCUGAGAAGUGAACUUUGAACUUGGGCCUGCUUCGCAGUCUUGAGAAGCAACCGAGUGAGUCUUCACAUUUCUUAUUGAAGAUGAGUGAGAACAUGUUCCAAGAGGGUCUGCACCAGGUGUACUUCAAAGAGCGUCCACAGACGAGGCUCACUGAGCAGCAGAACCUGCACCACGCCAGGAUUCAUCGUUGGUUCUCUUCAGUGGUCAACACCAGGCUGCUGGUCAGCGGGGUGGUGCAGUUCUUGAGCGGCGCCGUCUGCGUGUUGACCACCGUGUGCCAUGCAUGCGUGAGCUACGACUGCUCCGUUGCCAUGACGAUGCCGGUGUGGUCCAGCAUCCUUUUCAUGGCUGCUGGAUGCGUGGCAGUAGAAGUUCAGAGGAAGGCCGAUAAACUCAAGGCAAGCGUUUGA